CUGUGCCCAAAUCUAAAGCCGCAGACGCACAAACACCACUGACAGGCACUGCUGCGCCAUCAUCAGCCCCCAAACCUCUCCAGGGAUCCACUGCUGCUGCUGCUGCUGCUGCUGUCGCUGCGAUUUUCAUUAAAGUUGUUUUUUUGAAAAACGAAACUUUUGAAGUAAAGCGCGGAUGACUUUGUUUUCUCGGUUUUAGCGACUCUUUGGUGGAAGGGCGUUUUAUUAUCUCCAGCAUUUCCUCUCCAGCACUUGAUCAAAUAAAAUGACCUAUGCAAGGUGUAGAAAUCCCCCGCAGGUAUACGGACGGAGCUGAGGAGCCUGUGAUCUCUGGAGGAGCAGGAUUGAGAUUGCGGGUAAACUUGGUUAUCGGUGCGUAAAACUCGGAGGAUAAUAUUUUUCGCCGAAAGGAUUUUUUGAAGAGGUUGAAUUCUAAAUCCUCUCCACGCUUGGCACCAACCUACGGAGACGGUUGUGGGAUUUCGGGGAGCGGAGGAGACUUCUGGAUAAUCCCCCCUCAACAAGGAAGCACCUAAUGUUGCACCCUGUAACUCUGUUGCUGCUCUCCAGUGAUCUAUCCUUACACUGGGAUUCAAUCUCUUACUUACCCCCGGAGUUGUGCGCGUAAAGGACGCGCGGGGGGGAGCGAAAGCAAGAUAGAGGGGGGCGAUUUCGCCAACCUUUCCUGGGGCUUUAACUCGGUGGAAGCAGGUGUAUUUCAGGUGUACUUCUGCGAGUCAAGAUGUCUCUGCUGCCUUCGAGGUUCAUAUACGUGUGUUUACAUUUUCUGGUCCUCUACUUCCAGCUACAGGAGUCCCAGCAGAGCUCCGCUGACUUCAGAUUUUAUAUCGAGAACCACACGAGGAACCCAGACGACCUGAGCCGGAAGCAGGUCCGGAUCUAUCAGCUCUACAGCAGGACCACAGGGAAGCACGUCCAGAUCUUGGGGAAGAAAGUCAACGCCAACGGAGAUGAUGGGGGCAAGUAUGCUCUGCUUGUCGUGGAGACGGAGACCUUCGGGAGCCACAUUCGAAUAAAAGGACAGGAGAGCGAACAUUACAUCUGCAUGAAUGAGAAGGGCAAAAUAGUUGGAAGGCCCGAUGGAAGGAAGCAGGAGUGCGUCUUUGUCGAGGAAUUCCUGGAGAACAACUACACGGCUCUCGUGUCGGCCAAGUACAAAGGCUGGUACCUCGGCUUCAACAGGAAGGGUCGGCCCAAGAAAGGCUCGCGGACCACGCAGAGGCAACAGGAAGUCCACUUCAUGAAACGCCAGCCCAAGGGCAGGAUGGACCCUCUGGAGGAGUUUCGGUUCACCACAGUAACAAAGCGGACACGAAGGGCUCGGCGGUUAAAACCCAAGAGGAACUGAUGGGACCGAUGGGACAGCACUAAUUUUCCUCUGAAGGGGAGAAAUGACUGAAAAUCUCAAGCUUCUUGUCUUAAAAGAAUCACCUUAAAGACUUCACUUCUGUAAAAGAGAGACAGACGAAAGAACAAAAAAAAGUCAAAGAUGUUUUAUUUUUGUAUUUCAGGAUGACUGAGUAUUUCCCAGCUCUUGGAUUCCUCUGGGUUGAUGUCAUUGUGCUAAUCUGUCAUGUUAUUUAUACUGGAUAAACUAAAGGACCUCUGAGAGAUUCCUGUCGCUGUCGUCCUCAGCUCCGUUUGAACUGCAGGCUGAAGGCAUACUUUUCUUUUUGACAAUGGGGGCAGAGGCAGGAGCUGACGCAAUGUUAUAAAAAUCAGCCAACUAGAGAUUUAUUGGAAUACCUGUCGGUUUUUGUUUGUGUUGCCCCUGACUACGCGGAUCCCAUACUUUCCACUGGAAUCAGACACCAUGGAGAUGAAACGGAGAGGAGGAGGAGGAGGAGGAGGAGGAGGAGGUGGUGGCGGUCGCAGGUGACACUGUGCUGCCGGGAUAACUGUGUUAGCUUUCAGUGCAAUAUUUUACAGGUCUCUCUCUCUCUUUCUCUCUAUCUGUCUUUCUGUCUCCUGCUCUUUUUUUCUCUUUCCAUAUGUCUCUCAACCUCAGCUUCACUCCUGGAAUGCGCUGAACCCUCCGAGUGCUGUGUGUGAUUUCCUUGACGUUUCCAUGCAGCCUGUGAUUCAGCUAAAACACGACAUGCUUUGACUAGUCAGGCAGCAGCCGAGGCUUUAGUCCUGUUCAAACACUCAAAAAAACAAACAAAAACAUAACAGCUGAUGUGAUUCAUAACUCCGCAGAGUCUUCCAACUUUAUCACUUUUGAAAGACGGAUGUUAAUCCCCUUCGUCUCCACCUGGACUCGCUUUCUUAACUUCCUCGUGUUGUGCCGAUUCUUGAAGCGUGAUCUAAUUCUGGGUUGGCGAUGAAGACUUCCUCUACCUCCUUUUUUUUUUUUUUUUUCUUUUUGUUGAUCUUGAACUUGUCUGCCUGUAUGUUCAGUUAAUCUCAAGAACAUGAACUGAUCCCUUCCUCUUCUCUUUUCACUGUUUGCUCAUCUUCUCUUGUUUUCAGUCUCACUGGAUGCCUUUGGGGAAAUCUUGUUUGUUGAUCCACAGGCAGGAUCCACAUUCUGUAGCUCUAACCACCUCUGAUCACUUCAUACAUCCACGUUCGACAAUUAAGACUUCUCCCCCACGUGAGCGACUCAUCCGGGAUUCUGGGAACAUUUUCAGUUUGAAUCCUAAGGAAGGGGAAAGUCUUUGCUCCUCUCACUCCUUCUCUCACUUGACGACAAACUCCAGCCCCCUCCUCACCUGUAGUAUGUAUCACCUGUCUGCGGGCAGGUUUGUUUUUGUAUGAGUUGCUACUAACAACAUGACACAUUUAUGAUUUUUUUAAACAAAUGUAAGCAAAAAUAAUUUUAUGACUAUUAUUAAGAUAUUUAUUGCCUCCCUUUGUAAAUAAAAUGUGAUGAGUUUUA